AUGGUGCAGACACGGGCUUGCUUGUGGAAGCAGAACUUGUCAUAUUGGAGAAACCCAGAGUACAAUGCAAUUCGUUUCUUUUUCACACUAGUAACUUCUCUAAUGUUUGGCACAAUUUUCUGGAGAAUUGGCGGGAAAACAGGAAAGCAACAAGAUCUGAUGAAUGCAAUGGGAUCCAUGUUUGCGGUUGUAUUAUUUAUUGGCAUGAAUAAUGCAACAACAGUUCAGCCUGUUGUAGAUGUGGAAAGAACAGUCUUUUACAGGGAAAAAGCAGCAGGGAUGUAUUCAGCCCUACCCUAUGCCUUUGCUCAGGUGCUCAUAGAGAUACCCUAUGUAUUUCUUCAAGCAUUAUUGUAUGGAGUGUCGGUGUAUGCAAUGAUGGACUUCAAAUGGCAGGCAGCAAAAUUCUUCUGGUUUCUAUUUUUCAUGAUCUUCAUAUUCUUAUACUACACAUUCUACGGGAUGAUGGUUGUUUCUCUUACCCCUAAUGCGCACAUAGCUACAAUUGUGUCCUCAGCUUUCUAUUCAAUCUGGAUGCUUUUCUGUGGCUUCUUAAUUCCUCGCAAGAAAAUCCCGGUGUGGUGGAGAUGGUACUACUGGGGAUCCCCUGUUGCAUGGACUCUGUAUGGAUUGAUCGUAUCACAAUAUGGAGACGUCACAGAUCAAAUGUCAAGGGCAGACGGUACGACAGAAACAGUGAAGGAGUUCUUGAGGAAUUAUUUUGGAUUUAGACAUAGCUUCUUAGGAGCUACGACAGGUGUUACAGUGGGAUGGAGCAUUCUUUUUGCCUUUGCCAUCAAAACUCUCAACUUCCAAAACAGAUAA